AUGCCGAGACCCACUGAUCCCGCGGGCGUUGAUCGCACGCGCCCUCUUUACACUCUCUUAGACACGCCCAAAAAGCGCGUCGCCUACUUCUACGAUUCGGAUAUCGGCAAUUAUGCCUAUGUCACUGGUCACCCUAUGAAGCCUCACCGCAUUCGCCUCGCUCACAGUCUCGUCAUGAACUACAAUGUUUAUAAGUUUAUGGAAAUUUAUCGCGCGAAGCCUGCGGUUACUUCGGAAAUGACUCAGUUCCAUACCGACGAAUACAUCGAGUUCUUGCAGAAGGUUACUCCCGACAACAUGGACAGCUUUGUCCGUGAGCAGGCAAAAUACAACGUCGGUGAUGACUGCCCUGUCUUCGACGGGCUUUUUGAGUUCUGCGGCAUCAGCGCUGGUGGUAGCAUGGAGGGUGCCGCUCGUCUGAACCGCAACAAGUGCGACAUUGCAAUCAACUGGGCAGGUGGUCUGCAUCAUGCCAAGAAGAGUGAAGCCAGUGGCUUCUGCUAUGUCAAUGACAUCGUGCUCGCCAUCCUUGAGCUCCUCCGCUUCAAGAAGCGUGUUCUCUAUGUCGACAUCGACGUGCACCAUGGCGAUGGUGUUGAGGAGGCUUUCUACACCACUGAUCGCGUCAUGACGGUUUCUUUCCACAAGUAUGGAGAAUACUUCCCUGGCACUGGCGAACUGCGUGACAUUGGUAUCGGUGCCGGCAAGUACUACGCUGUCAACUUCCCGCUGCGCGACGGCAUUGAUGAUGUCUCCUACAAGACCAUCUUCGAACCUGUUAUUUCUGCAGUUAUGCAGUACUACCAACCCGAAGCCGUCGUUCUGCAGUGUGGUGGUGACAGCCUUUCUGGCGACCGUCUUGGUUGCUUCAACCUGAGCAUGCGUGGCCAUGCUAACUGCGUUAACUACGUGCGGAGCUUUGGUCUUCCGACUCUCGUCCUUGGUGGUGGCGGCUAUACAAUGCGCAAUGUUGCCCGUACGUGGGCAUAUGAAACUGGCCGCCUUGUUGGUGUUGAGAUGGACCCUGUCCUUCCCUACAACGAAUAUUAUGAUUACUAUGGUCCGGAUUACGAGCUUGAUGUCCGUUCCUCCAAUAUGGAGAAUGCCAAUAGUCCAGAGUACCUUGAGAAGAUAAAGAUGGCUGUCAUUGAGAAUCUGAAGAAGACGGCUCCAGUGCCAUCUGUGCAGAUGCAAGAUGUUCCCCGCCAAGGUCUUGGCAUGUCUGACGAGCAGGAAGACGAGCUUGAUGACCUGGACGAGGAUGAGAAUAAGGAUGUUCGCGUCUCCCAGCGCCAGUGGGAAAAGCGUGUCGAGCGUCAAGACGAAUUCGAAGAGAGCGACGACGAGGAUAUCGCCCGCGCCAAUGGUGUUUACAAGACCAAUGGCCGCAUGCGACUGGAAACUAACUACGGUGUUGCGUCGAAGGAAGACGAUACUAUGGACGUCGACAGCGGUGUUGCUACUCCCGCAGAGCCUGCUGCUGUGGCAGCUCCUGCCGAUAACGACGAUACCAUGAUCGACGAGGCUCAGGCCGACACGACAGAAGUGGCUGAGCAAACUGAGCCGCUGGUAGAGCAGCCAGCUGCUCAGACCUCCAAGGACGAACAUCCCGAGGUUGAAAAGUCCAAGGUUGACGACGAUGGCGAUGUCAAUAUGGACGACGACGCCCCAGCCACCUCCGAGGAGAGGCCCACGGAAGCCCCCAUCAAAAAGGAGGAGGCCGAGGCCCCUGAGUCCGAACUAGCAAAGAAGAGCCCGGUUCCCGCGGUCGCGGCGGAUGCUGACAAGGUCGCCACUGCCGAGCUUGCUGCGUGCAAGCAGCGUGCCUCUGCCGAGCCCGAGGCUGCCAUCUCUAGUUCCACCCCCGAGGCUGAAGCCAAGGCAAAGUCCCCCCUUCCUGCGGCAGCUCCGGCUGCUGCUGCGACUUCCGAGGCAUCCGAACAGGAUGCCGCCACCGCGCCCGCGGGUGCUCCUGGCCCUGCUGACGUCGAUGAGGACGUUAAGCCGGGCCAGGCUCCCGCUAACCCGCCCUCCGAGAAGGCUUAA